CCUCCUCUCCAACAUUCCAAGCGAAAGCAACAGCAAACAAACGUCUUAAGCUUCAAGUGAAGCAUGUUUCAUCCCUUCACUCUCUGCUCACUCAGAAGGCUGCGGGGCCCUGCUCGCGGCAGGGACAGGGGUUAGAAGUCGGGUCAGAGAAGAAGAGGAUUACUCAAGAUACACUUCAGAUAAAAGUGUCAGUCCAGUAACUGUCACUGAUCCAUCUUGUGUGGGCGGGCGGAGCUUCAGGGCCGCUGCUGUCAGACGUUGACUCUGAUUCAUGAAGACGUUCUGCCCAGAAGAGUAAGAGAUAGCCUGCGCGCUGAGGAGCCACCGAGAGGAACUAACCUGGGGGGAAGAGGAGAGGAAUGGCUGAUCCUCUGCGGAGGACUUUACUAGCCAAACUCCGGGGCAAGAAAUCCAAGAAAGGAGCGACGCACGUCGGUGGAUACGGUCCGGCUGCCGAGGGUCGAGAAGGUAAAGAAAAAGUUUUGCAGCCAGCCGAGACGCUCUUGAUCGCAGAGCUGGUGGAUUGUACCGCGGGGAGAAUGAGCACGUAUGAGAAUUGUGUGGAGGCUGGCGGGGUCGUGCUGGUCCGGGGGUCCGGCCAGCAGGAGCGCGCUGGCGGCGGGGGUGGGCUUCGGGUCAGCGAGCAGCUCCUGGGGGUCGCGCUUCAAAGAGAAGUGCCGUUUGCGGGACACCAGGGGGCCGUCUGCGCGGAUACCGUUGCGUUACCGCAUGUGCGGAGGCAACACUUCCUCCAGUGCAGUUUUGGGGACUCGAUUGGUUUCGGAGACAAUCCGCCACUUAGUGGGGCUUCGAGGCCACCAGAGAGUCUCGUGACUAUUUCUGAUGCGGAUGUCACGAUCAGGGGACCCGCCAGACGCUGCUGGACCUUUGACACCCAAACUCUGGAGAUGCCUGGCUCUGCACCGCCGGUCACAGUGGAAGAAACCUCUCUGAUAAGGAACAUCGAGAGCUAUGGACCUGACGGGGACGUCGGCGGCCUCCAGAGUCCCACCUUCUUCCCGACUGAGCUUGAAAUACGCGACGUGAACAUGACCCCGCUGGGUCCCUCGGCCCACACUGUCCCAUACCCCCUAGACAGCGAGGAUGAUGACUAUUAUGACAAUGAAAUCCUUCCCUUUUAUGAGAGGAUAAAAGAAGACAGCGAGAGGACUGAGGUGCAGCAGGAUGAUGGCAGUCGGGAGACAGACAGGCUCAGGAUCCAGCUGAAGGAAGCUUAUUACCUGCUCAUCAAUGCGAUGAAUGAUAUCAACCUGGAUGUGCAGCAGCAGAUCAGUGGAGCUUUAACCCAACAGCAAGGCAGCUCCUCCUGCAGCAGCCGCUCUAGAGACAGCUUGUGUUCCAGGUCCUCGGCGAAGAACAUGGAGAGUGACUCCUGGUCCUCAGGCGGCGAGCACAGUCCCCAGCAGGUGUCUGAUACUGACUCACUCCUGCUGUGCCUCAGUGAGGCUCUUGUGUUUGGGAAGCUGAAUAGUAAAAGCAUGGUGGAGCUGUCCGCGGACAAGACUGGACCCCUGCUACAUCGCUGUGCUAGUGACGGGGCCAUCAGGUAUCCAAAUGGACCUUUAGUUCGAGGAAGCAGUCUUAAACCCACAGGUGAGAGUGAGGCUGGGCUUAAUACGGUCGAGCAGUCGGAUCCCAUGGUUGGCCUUUCCAACAACACCAGCAGUGAGGAGCGUCUGCACAGUGCUGAUGCUGAGGAAAGCGGGCCCCUCAAUGAAAGCAGCGGCUCCAUCAACAGCCUCUCUGGUUCCUCGGACGGCAGCGCAGAGGCGCCCGCACAACACAGCGACAGCAACAAGCAGGAGCUCAACAACAUCCGGGCGGUCGCAGUGCACGGAGUCACCGUCAACAAGAUGCAGGAGUGGAUGCACAAGGGCCGCCUGCUGUCGUCGGAGAUGAAGCAGCGCAUCGAAGGCUCUUCGACGCUCCGUGGUGGAAGCCUGAACCCGGAUCGAGCAAAGCCCACCCAGGGGGUCAAAGCGCUCAAGGUCAAGUCACCUCGGCAGAUGCAACAGCCAGCUUUCAUUGAGAACUUCCAAACCCGUGAGGGGGGCAGGCCCAGUGAGGUACCAACAUGGCGGCCGCACCUCAACACCAUCACCGUCUCCAAGAAGCGCAAUUGGCUUCAGCAGAGCUCACUGGGCAGAAACCAGUGCACCAAGGAAGAGCAGCAGUGUACGGUGGGGGCUGAAGAGGAGGGCUCCCAGUGCCCCCCCCUGUCUCCCAGUCCUUCGCCGGAGCACCUGAGACCCUCGGGGGGAGGCUCUUCGCGGUCCACGCGCCUGCACCUCCCACAGGUGAACAUCGGACAGACCAAGGUCUCCCCUCACCCUCGGAAUAUGGACCCAGCUGAGGAGAACGAUGCCGACGAUGAAGGAGAGAUCUGGUACAACCCAAUCCCAGAAGACGACGAACCCGACUCGCACCUCAGAUCCUCUGUCCGCCUCUUGCUUCCGACUCAAGUUGAUCCUCAGAGGAGGCCGAGUAAAGGAGCGGAUGCCGGUCACUGUAGCAGGACUGUGGAGAAUGGCAGCGAGGAGACGCCGGGAGAGGGUCUCAAUGUGGUUUCAGAAAAUGGGCAUCAGGGCAGCGCAGCACAUCCCACAGACACUCUGACUGUGCACAGAAGGAUGCUUGCGUGUAAAGCUGAGGACGAGUUCGGACCGUCUACCAAUAGAUCCACAGAUGUUCCUGACCUCCCCAACACUGUCGGCUUCUCGCCUCCCUCCAGCCCCAACCCCGCGAAGAAGAGCAGCUCCAUCAACUGGUCUUUCCCAGACAAGAUAAAGUCCCCUCGCACCGUGAGGAAGAUCUCCAUGAAGAUGAAGAAGCUGCCUGAACUGAGCCGAAAGCUCAGCGUGAAGGGGACGCAGAGCAGCAAUGGAAGUAGUCAGCCGGAGCCCCGAGCUAAUCCCCCACGAUCCAACGGGACCGACCCCGUCCCUCAAACCUCCGGACCUCAGAGGAUACCCUCGUCAGGGGGCGGCCAAGCGAGCCGGAACGUCAUCUCACGGUACCACCUGGACAGCAGCGUGUCCACCCAGCACAGCUUCAGCAAGAAGAAGAACAAUGGCAGCUCCAAGUCGGCCUGCAAAGGCGGCUACCUCAGCGACGGGGACUCGCCGGAGCUGGUGGCCAAAUCCGGCAAGCACGGCUCCUCCGAGAUGAAACGGGCAAAAGAGACAGACAGCUCGAAACCUAGCGGCACGGACUUGGACAUUGAUGCUUUCCGGCACUACAGCUUCGGAGAGCAGCCCAAGUGCAGCCAGUACAUCUCCGGACUCAUGAGUCUCCACUUUUAUGGAGCAGAGGAUCUUAAGCCGCCUCGGAUGGACUCCCGGGACGUCUACUGCGCCAUCCAGGUGGACUCGGUGAACAAAGCAAGGACCGCUUUGCUCACGUGCCGGACCGCCUUUCUGGAUAUGGACCACACCUUCAACAUCGAGCUGGAGAACGCUCAGCACCUGAAGCUGGUGGUCUUCAGCUGGGAGCCCACGCCCAGGCGCAAUAGGGUGUGCUGCCACGGCACGGUGGUCCUGCCCGCGCUCUUCCGCGUCACGCGCUCCCACCAGCUGGCGGUGAAGCUGGAGCCGCGAGGGCUGAUCUACGUCAAACUCAGCCUGAUGGAGCAGUGGCAGAACUCGCUGGACGGCGGGCCAGACGGCGACCGCGAGCCUCAGGUGUUCGGCGUGGAAGCGUGGAGGGUGGUGGAGCGGGAGGAGAGCGGACUCAUGGUGCCGCUGCUCAUCAGCAAGUGCAUCACUGAGAUCGAGAAGAGAGGCUGCCAGGUGGUGGGCUUGUACCGGCUGUGUGGCUCUGCAGCUGUGAAGAAGGAGCUGAGGGAGGCCUUCGAGAGAGACAGUCACGGCGUGGAGCUGAGCGAGAGCACCUACCCGGACGUCAACGUCAUCACAGGUGUGCUGAAGGACUACCUGCGAGAGCUGCCCUACCCUCUGAUCACCAAGCAGCUGUACCAGGCCGUGCUGGACUCCAUGGCCUCCAGGCCGCUGCGCAUGGGCGCGGCCGGCUGCGAGAACGACCCGGCCGACUCGGAGCACACCGUCAGCCUGCUGGACCACCUGCCCGAGGUGGAGCGGGUGACUCUGCGGAUGCUCCUGGACCAUCUGAAGUUGGUGGCCUCCCACCAGGACGUCAACAAGAUGACCUGUCAGAACCUGGCGGUGUGUUUCGGCCCGGUGCUGCUCAGCCAACGCCAGGAGGCCUCCUGCCACUCCAACCGGGUCUUCAUCGACUCGGAGGAGCUGGCCAGCGCGCUGCACUUCAAGAAGCACAUCGAGGUCCUGCACUACCUGCUGCAGCUCUGGCCAGUGGUGGACCCUCGCUCUGGGACGUCCGUUGCCCCGUCACUUCUGUCCACUUCGGACUUGGUGUCCGCUCCCCCUCUGAGACGCAGGAAAGAGCGCCCCCAGGUGCUGAACCUGACGGACGCAGAGAUGGCGGGUGUUCUGCGACCCAAACCGGGUCGCCUGGACAGCCCCAGCAACCGCUACGCCGGCGACUGGAGCGGCUGCGGCGAGAACUACUUCCCCUGCGACGCCCUGCUGCCGCCGCCCAGGAGCGGGGAGGCGGACUACGACGACGUCCCCUCGGAGGACGUGGGUGAGGACGCAGCUGUGGAGGGUCAGGAGCAGGAGGAGCCGGAGCAGGAGGAGAUCCAGGACGAAGAACCGCAGGAGGAGGAGAAGCUGGACGAGAGCGACAGUUCGGGCGACAGGCCCAUGAUGGAGGAGGAGGAAGAGGAGGAGGAGGAGGAUCCCGUGUGCAACCACAUCCUCCCCCCCUCCCUCCCCAGAGAACACACGUACCAGGCGUACGUGAAGAUUCAGGACAUCAGCCCGGUACUCAGCAACCGGGUCAACCUGCGGGAUCUUCAGGAGAGCAUCGACACGCUGAUCGGGAACCUGGAACGGGAGCUGAACAAGAACAAGCUCAAUGUCGGGUACUGACAUCCCAGCUCUGCUGUAGAACCCGGCAGAAGCAGAACUUUGGAGUACUUUUCCUCAGAGACAUUCCCCUCGAUGUUGUUACGUGUUUGUCGUUCCUCUUCUUCUGAGAAGAACCAUCAACCCCCCGGGGGGUUUUAAAAACGGUGCCUUAAUUGUGUGAAGGUGGUGCGUGGAAGAUCCACCCGGAAACAUUCUGAAUCCCGAAAACCCACCAGAGCCCUCAGCCCAGAUCAGCUCAUCUCAAAGAAAGCAAAAGGAAACUGGAGGUCUACGCUAGCUCAGACUCCGCCUCUUUCUUAUCGGCCGAUUUGAUCUUUGAGUUCCCCCAUCUUCUCUUAGCUAGUUGCCUUUGCUAUUUAUUCGUUUCAAUAGUUCCAAACCGCAAGAAUGCACUUUUCUACGAAACAAAGCAACGUCAACAAAAAAAAAAGAAAAAUUGACCAAAUUGUUCACUUUGCCGCUUUUUAUUUUCGUUGUUUUACCUCCACACAGCGAGCGCUGAGUCAAGGAAUCACGGCAGCGGCAAAACACCAAUGCACUUAUUCGCCAGGCUGCGACUUUCUCACGUCUCAUGAAAUACAAAACAAAAUAAAGGAGGGAAGGUGUGUUCUAGUUAGCGCCAUGUUUCAUGACAUGGCAGGGUUUACUGUAUGUUCGCGGAGCUGGACUGAUGCUACGCGACUUCCAAGUGAUGCGCAAGAGAAUUGAAAAGUGAUGAAGAACAGUCGGCGCCAUUGGCUACAUAUGAACUGGAGGUUAUGUAUUUAUGUUUAAGUUAAUCCAAUUUAAAUUAACUAGAGGAUAAACCUAUAUAUAUUGCGUUAGCUUAGGUGCUACAACACUGUCAGACCUUUCAACAGAAGCGUAGCAGUUAAUACUCAUCUAACAUGUUUCAUUAUUAUGCUGUGGCACUUUUGAUGCGGCCAUUUUUCGCAUCCACGCUAAAAAUGCUACGUGCAAAAUGCUAACGAUUCAUCGAGUCAACAGUGCAGCAACAAGACCAAGAACCAUUGCUGAAAAUCCUAUUGGUUUCUCUUGUAGCAUUAGCUUAGCGUCCACACUGGCAGCUCGAUAGAUACGUGACGAGAAAUUGGAAAAACCUAAAAAGUAGCACAUUUGGAAAAGCAAUUGAAGCGAAGCUACGGCUAACACUCACCUAGAUUUUGCCUAAUAUACUCCAGGGAUUCAGAAAGAUCAGUAUUUAAACUUUUAUGGCGUAUGUAUAUAACUAAAUGUAUUGGGAGUAUAUUGUUUUUACAGCAUACAUAACUGACGUAUUUAAAGACUAGUGGCUAAUAUUGGUACAACGUCGGCUGUAAGAUAUGAUCGCAACAGUUGUAAAUAUUUCUUGUCUCUGGUGGACUGAGCUGUUUUUUUUUUAAAUGUGUUGUUUCAAAGGUACUGAAUAUUGCAUGGUCAAAAGCUUUACCGAGGUCUAAACAAGGCGGUUACUCUCACCGGCUUUUGUUUUCAGUAUUUAUGUGUAGAAAGACUAUUUUAAUUGUGAAUUCACUUGUUUGUCUCGAGGUUUUUACACAAACAAACGGCUGCUUUGCUUCAGUUUCUCUCCAGAGGACGUAGAUUUGACGCGAGCAAGUCAUCAUGUAUUGUACUUCACAACUUAAGAAAGUAUAUUUUUUUACUGACGAAAAACUGUAACUGCUGUACCACAUAAUUCCACAGUGUUUUUGAUGGUUGUUCAUUGUAAUGGUUGUUUUUAAUGUAACGCAAGUUAUGCUUCAUGUAGACUGGAAUACAUGUUGAAAAACAAAUCAUGUAUUGUGUUGCAAUAAUCUUAAAUGUAUUGCAUUAUUAAAACAAACCCCCAGCAUUAGCAUUGUAUGUUAGCUCCAUAUGCUGCCGUUAUAUUUGUCUAAUGAACAAUAUUAUGACACAUUCAAGAAUAUUACUGGAACCAGGUCAAUAAAUGGUUUUCUGUAAAAAGCCAGUGUGGCAUGAAAAGUUUGUCGUUCAUUUUAAGAACUAAAAAACGUAAUAAUAAUUCAAAGAUAACUGGAAAACUGGUUUCCUUUUCUCGUCCUCUGGAGAGAACAGAACCACCGUGAAGCUUCGUGACUGAACCAUAAAGUUGCUUGGUAUUGAUCCUGAGAAAUGUAUGGUCAUAAUAAAGUCUAUUAUUUUACAGCGA